UCCUCCUCCCCGAUCCAGUCAAGUGUGCCUAUAAAAUCCAGGCCCCCCCUCCACCCACCCUUGGGGCUCGCAAGCACCGCAGCAGCAACCUCCACUGCCGCAAGGCCACCGCAACGAAGAAAGCGGCGGCAAAAGGAUACUCGGGAAAGCGGCAAGCAACAUCGGCGGUCAGUCUGGUCUUGGCUCGCCGGCCGCCAUGGGGAGGUCGCCGUGCUGCGAGAAGGCGCACACCAACAAGGGCGCGUGGACCAAGGAGGAGGACGACCGGCUCGUGGCGUACAUCAAGGCGCACGGCGAGGGGUGCUGGCGCUCGCUGCCCAAGGCCGCCGGCCUGCUCCGCUGCGGCAAGAGCUGCCGCCUCCGGUGGAUCAACUACCUCCGGCCCGACCUCAAGCGCGGCAACUUCACGGAGGAGGAGGACGAGCUCAUCAUCAAGCUCCACAGCCUCCUCGGCAACAAAUGGUCCCUGAUCGCCGGGAGGCUGCCGGGGAGGACGGACAACGAGAUCAAGAACUACUGGAACACGCACAUCCGGAGGAAGCUGCUGAGCCGGGGGAUCGACCCGGUGUCCCACCGGCCGAUCAACGAGCACGCGUCCAACAUAACCAUAUCCUUCGAGGCGGCGGCGGCGGCGCGCGAGGAGAAGGGCGCCGUGUUCCGGCUUGAGGAGCCGAAGGCGGCAGCGGCGAUCGGCCGCGACCAGAACCCCGGCGGCGACUGGGGCCACGGGAAGCCGCUCAAGUGCCCCGACCUGAACCUGGACCUCUGCAUCAGCCCGCCGUGCCAGGAGGAGCCCCUGAAGCCGGUGAAGCGGGAGGCCGGGCUCUGCUUCAGCUGCAGCCUGGGGCUCCCCAAGAGCGCCGAGUGCAAGUGCAGCAGCUUCCUGGGGCUCCGGACCGCCAUGCUCGACUUCAGAAGCCUCGAGAUGAAAUGAAAUGAGCCUAUCUGUUCCUCCCUCUAAUCCCCCUCCCGUUUUGUCACCCCUGGAUAUUUGGUUAGCUCUCGUAGGUGAAAAUACUGGUAGCGAGUGAAAAGAGAAAAGAGAGACAAGAAAAAGAAAGUGAGGAUUUGAGCCCUGGAUCUUCCCUGCUCUCUCCCUCUCUCGUUGCUCCGUUUUGCGUCUCCUGAUGAUCAUGGGCAAAUAAUAUCUGCUGCUAGGCCUAGGUCUC